AUGUCCAUUUCGCAGCAGUCGAUGCUUCCUGGAUCACAAUAUGCACCAAAUCCGACGACAGUAGCUGGUGCUUCUGAUUCCACUGCCUCGACGGCAGGAAGUAGUGCAGCGAACGCUAGCGCUUCAGGAGACUCGGCGUCAUCAGCGGUCUCUACUCCUGCUUUAGACGCUGUUACGGCCGCAACAGGUGCACAAUCAGUGGCCCCGUUCAAUGAUAAUGCAGCGUAUUUAGCGGGUGGCACUUCUUCUGGCACUUCUGUCGGGACAGCCACCGAUUGGAGAAACAAAGACGCCGAUCGAAGCGCGAGGCAGCAUAUUGCACGGAUUAUCUUGACGUUAAUAAUGAAGAGUGCGAAUAGACCAACAUCCGCUAACUACAAUCCCCGAGAGAUUGCAAGGAGAUUGGAACACACCUUGUAUAUGGGAGCGCCGUCCAAACAAGAAUACAGCAGCGUACAGACUCUAAAGGUACGGCUACAGCAAGCUUUGGACAACUCGAGGCGACGGCAAAUGCAGCAGCAGCAGGCACGACUUCAGCAACAGCAGCAGCAGCAGCUCCACGCGUCAGGGACACCUACGAAUCCUGUCCAGCAACAAACACAGGCACAAUUGCUUCAGCAGCGGCAAAUGGCGCUGCUGCAGAGACAACAGCAACAGCAAAUGGCCGUAGCCUUGCACAAUCAGCGAACAAACUUGCAGGCAGUCCCGUUUUCUGAGACUUCCACUGCGAUGCCGCAGGUUCCUCGGUCCCAGCCUCUUCAGGUGCCAGUAAGUAUGCCAGAAGUGACGGUGAAGACUCCAGGAUUGGUCAAUGUAGUAAAUGUGGCUCUAGGUGCGGCUACUUUGAAUUCUGGCAGUGGAGUAGAGGGUUCAAGUAAUUCCAUAUUGGAUGAGUUGGAGCGCGAGGCAGACGAGAUGGCUAAUCGAGUGAUUGAUCAACCUCUUUCAAUGCCGGAAUCUGAGCUACACGUGUCUACGGCGGCAACUGGGGUAUUGGAUACUGCCAGUGGAAAUAAGUUCGUGAACGCAACACCACCACCUGCUUCACCUGCCGUGAUUGCUGGUGUCGGACGGGACUCAUUUAGCGCCGUUCCAUUGAGCAUGCCACCGGAAAUAAGUGCUAGCGUCGCCACAUCUGUCGGUCUUGUUCAGCCGGAUCUCACAAUGGCUAGUGCUGCCCCUGUGACUACUGUUGCUGGAGCGAAUAUGUAUCACGGGAUGAGUUUGACUGCACCGCAGAUUCAUCAGAUUCAGCAAAUGCAGCAGCUAAGGCAGAUGCAGCAGCUCCAGCAGCUUCAACAGCAGCAGUUGAAUGGAAACGUUAGUGCUGCCCAGCUGCAGACUAGUACUACCGUACCGACCAGCGGUAUGUUAACUACACACCCAUUAAGUCCCGCUACCGUGGCCGGAAACGGGAUUGCGCCUGGAAUGAUUCAGAUGGAUGAGGUGUCGAUAGCUCAAAAGCGAGAAGAACUAAAGCGACGACUGAUUCAGCUAAAGCACGCGCGAACGUGCACCUCGGAUGAAUGUGGAAUCGAUCACUGCAGCCGCACGAAGGCGUUGCUUUCACAUGUGUCUCGCUGCGCAGACGCUCAGUGCGUAACGCUGGGGUGUAAGUCGACUCGACAGUUACUAUCACACUUUCGUAAAUGCCGCAACCUACAGUGCGACGUGUGUAGUGCUAUCCGGCCUCCGAUGAACGAGAAUGAACAGCAACUGGUAUUGCGACGUCAACAGGAGCGGCUUUGCAUGCUACGCCACGCUAGUACUUGCACAAUGGAGAAUUGUGUUCUGCCGUAUUGCGCUGGGAUGAAAGUGCUCUGGAAGCACAUCUGUGAAUGCCACCAGCGUCAGUGUCGAACAGACCAUUGCAUUUCUUCGCGUUACGUGCUAUCUCAUUUUAAGCAGUGCAACAAGAUGAUCUGUGAAGUAUGCGGUCCCGUGCGAAAAGCUAUCAAAGUAGUGGACUCUUGUCGAGGGAACCCUACCCAGCUUCAGUUGUCGGCAAGCCAGUGUCCGGACGGCGUGCGCGGGUUGAUUAAAAUAAUGAACACCACCAUUGCAGCAAAUGCUUCAGAGACCUCAGCUGUUGCUGCACAGGCAGGAGUCGGAAACGAUGUGACAGGCGGUUCCCAACCAGCAAGCGCUAAGGCAAAGGGGACACCUGUGGCUAGUACUAUCGCUUUUGGUGCGGCUAGUCCGUGCCGCACUACUGCUGCCAGCGAAGCUAAAAUAACAAAGAUGAAAGAACCGAGUCUGGCGGAGGACACGAAGAAGAAACCAUUGAAGCUUCAGACCGAAAAAGAGAAAAAACUUCGCCGGAAAGAGCAAGCUAAAGUCGCGAAGGCUCGUGCCCAGGCAAAGGCAGCCGCGGCGGCAGCGGCAGCACUCACUGGACCUAUUGCUGCUUUGACAGCGACAGAGGCUGCACAGCCUGCGGUGCACAAUGGUCUCGUCGUUCGUGGCACUCAGACGGAGCUACGCGACGACCACCAUAUUUCGCAUCAAGACAUAUCUUUCCUGGAUUCGAUGACAGAAGGCCAGCUAGAUGAGCACAUCCGUUCACUUCGGUUCAAUUUCUGUGGACACAUCUCGAUCAGUGAGUUAAAGAGUCGACUGAUGCCGUUGCUUACUAAGCUCAUGGAAAGUGAUUAUGGUUGGACAUUCAACAAUCCGGUGGAUCCUGUGCAGUGGAACAUCCCUGACUACUUUGACAUAAUCAAGUGCCCGAUGGAUCUUGGCACGAUCAAAAAGAGGUUGGAAAGUGAGCACUACAGCAGUGUUGAGUCGUUUGCAGGUGACGUGCGUUUGGUGUUCGAGAAUUGCAUCGCAUACAACAGCAGUACGAACAAAUUCAAUAUUGCAGCAAAGCAGUUGCUUGCUUCAUUCAAUAAGGCAUUGGCAGCGCUCAAAAAUGUGUUGGAAAAGCAGCUAUUUAAACGCUGCGAACAGCGUCGCGAAGAGAUGUGUCAGCUGUGUGGAGGCGACUCAUUUAAGUUCGCGCCGUGUAUGCUUUUCUGCAGCGGCCCUUGUGCUGGCCGAAUACGAAGACAUACCCACUACUACAGCGAUCCUCGAGGAGAGCACCAUUGGUGCUCAAGUUGCUACAAGCAGAUGAAAGACGGCCCAGUUGACAUGUCGCUUGUGCCUCAAUUGUCAAGCGCCACAACUGAAGUAGCUCCCCCUCCUGGCGCUGACCUCGUUCCUUUCGAUGGUGUACUAAAGAAAGCGUCGUUGGUAAAGAGGAAAAACAGUGAGGUUGCAGAAGAGCCGUGGGUGGAAUGUGACUCCUGCAAGUUGUGGUAUCACCAGAUCUGCGCUUUAUUUAAUGAACGGAACCACGCAAUCUCAGGCGAGCAAGAACCGUUCGUGUGUCCGAUUUGUGUAAAGAAACAACGCGUCGCUGGAGUGAAGCCGUCACUACUCAAUGGUCUUAAGGCCAAACGCCUUCCGAUCACACGAAUGGCAAAGCUGAUUGAGACGCGCGUGCUGGAUUCUAUUGAAAAGGCGGGCAAGGACGAAGCAGUACGUUUGGGUAACAUGGGCAACUCUGACAGUAUCGGCUUUUCCAGUGGCGCCAAAGAAUCUUCGUCCGACACGCAAUUUGGAGUUACUAUUCGCGAGGUUCUCAGCAUUGAUAAGCAAGUGCAGGUCAAACCCAGGAUGGCUAAGUUACUAGCAGCAAAGUAUGGGAAAACCAUGAAGACCGAUCACGGUGCUGGGGUUGCGGCUGGGCAGACGAAGUCGCUAAAACGCCCGCGCCCGACAAAAUCCAUUGCUGGCAAGACUGCUAUUGCAGCGGCAUCGAUGUCUUUGUCGUUGCAGCUAACGUAUCGAUCGCGAUGCAUUUGCGUCUUCCAAGAACUGGAUGGCGUGGACGUGCUUAUCUUCACACUUUAUGUGCAGGAAUAUGGCCCGGACUCGCUUUCACCAAAUGCUGGGCGAGUGUACGUCUCGUAUCUGGACUCGGUAAACUACUUUCAGCCGAAGAAGCUGCGUACGUUGAUGCAUCAGCAGGUGAUGUUAGGCUUUCUGGAAGACUGCAAAAACCGUGGCUUCCACACGUGCCACAUUUGGUCUUGCCCACCGCUAAAGGGCGAUGACUACAUUUUCUUCUGCAAGCCGGAGAACCAGAAAAUUCCAAAGUCGGCGCGUCUGCGCCAGUGGUACCAAAAAUUGCUGGUGCAAGCCAAACGGGAUGGGCUCAUUGCCAACGUUUCCAAUCUUUACGCUGAGUACUACACAAAGAAAAAAGCAGCUCACGAUCUGCCCUACUUUGAAGGCGAUUACUGGCCGCGGCUCGCUGAGGAUCUCAUCAAGCAGCUUGAAGAAAAAGACAAUCGUGCAAAGUCGAGUGGUACAGGUGACGGCGAUGAUGCUGGUUCAUCUGGAAAUAAGGUGGGCUACAGUGGUGCAAAAAGUACACCCGCUAGUGGCUCGAAGACACCUACGUCUCGAUCUCCUUCGCCGAGUGAGUGUGGCGAUGAAAACGGUAUUGGGACUGAUGUAGCAGCUGGGUCCAAGUCUAAAGCAUCGAUCAAAGGGACGAUGACACCUGCUACAAACAUGAAGAACAAGAGCAAGCGCAGCAAAAUGGGUAACGUUGCCACUGAGCCAUCGGUAACGCGGAGCAGCGCCUCGAAGGCUCGUUCAAAAAAGAGCAGCAAUCCGUCACGCUCGUCGAGCUGCUCGAAAAGUGUGGUAAAUAGUGACCCGCUCAUGCAAAAGCUAAAGGGUAUUCUGGAACCACAAAAAGAUGACUUUUUUGUAGUCGACUUGCAUCCGAAGUGUCAUAAAUGCGGGGCUCCGAUCGUACACGAAGGCUACUGGGAGUUGAAAACAAUUCCUUCUCCUGCGGCUGUGAACAAUUUGCUGGAAGCUGCUAAGAAGUCCCGUACCUCGUCGUCGAGCUCUCGCAGCUCGCCACCGCGCCACUACCAUUAUUACUAUUGUAGUUCUUGUUACGAGACAAACAAGGUCCAGCUAUUGCAUCGUGUGGAGGUGUCUGUCAAGUGUGCGAAACGCGCUAAGGAAUUAAGUGACCGUGUUUACCCGUUGAACGAGAAGGCAGCCGUCGCCGAGCUUGCUGAACUAGAUUUGCAGGAAAUUAAGUUUGAGUUGACACUCAAGUUUGUCGACCCAAUGGAAGACGCUGAGGAAAUAACCCAUUCUGAGGGACGAUCUGGUGAGGUGACGACAUCCGGGGGCAAUGCAAAAGAAGUCGAUGGUGAUCCUGGAUUACUUUCUAGAAAGUGUGCCGUUGCGGAAGCAAGUAGCGCGGCUGUGGGCGAACGUGCGGUCAACAAAACUGCAAGCGGAGCCACAGAAAGUGCUUUGUUGCUGACCAAGGACAGGAAAAUCGAAGAGAAGGAUGAAGAGAAGAAUGGUGUAGCAACAGAACAGACCAAGCAGCCGAAGGAUGUGGUGCGGAAGAAGAUCAAGCGAGUGAUUGGAGACGAUCUGGAUGAUGUGAUCAUGCCCUGUGAGAUCUUUGACACGCGUGAGGCUUUUCUGCUUUACUGUCAAAACAACCAUUGCCAGUUUGACCAGAUUCGUCGAGCCAAGCAUUCAUCGAUGAUGGUGUUGUACCACUUGUUUAACCAAGGCACGACUGGAUUUACGUUUAGCUGCUCGAAUUGCAAGACGACACUGCUGAGCGGUAACCGCUGGAAUUGCUCCAUUUGUCCCGUAUUUAAUCUUUGCGAUGCGUGUCACACAAAAACAAAGCAUGAGCAUCAGCUACAUUUGUUCAAGGUGGUAUCGAUCCCACAACCUGGCAACGAGGUGUCCUACGAGACGGUGAGUACAAAGGUCAAGGGUGUCAUCUACAGUGGUGAUGGCGCGAUAGGCCGUUCCAUUAAACGCGAAGCAGGCAGUUCCGACCUGAAACGCUCGAAGCAGGCGAAACAUGCAACAGGUACUGAAAACAAGGUGAAUAGCUCUCGAAAGCGCAAGUUGCACCAGAACUCCGCUGCAGUUGCGACACCGGUCGCUUCGACAGCUGUAAAGUCUGAGAUUGUAGCAGCAUCGGCGCAGGAAGCAGCCCCUGUACAGAAGGAAGGUACUGCAGCUACAGCUCCGACUACCACGACCGAGUUGGCGGCUGGGAUUGUCUUGAAUGGAGGUGCAAGCGAAGGCGACGCAGCCAAGAAGCGACGAAUUCACAAUAUCGACCCGCAACUUUUGCUGCAGUUGGAGCACGCGAGCAGUUGCACAGUGGCAAACUGUGCGUUUUUCAAUUGCAAUCGUAUGCAGGCCAUGCUCAAACACGGUGCAAUUUGUGAGCAGCGGCUUGCUGGACCGUGCGUGCUGUGCAAGCGUAUCAUUGGACUUCUCUCCGCUCACGCUCGCCAAUGCACGAAAGAUUACGUAUCGUGCAAGGUACCCCGGUGUGCUGACAUCCGUCGCCAUUUUCAAGCGCAGGUUCAAGCUCGACAGCAGCAGCUUCAACGUCCGAAGCAGGGCCAAGCUCAAGACCAUCACGGAGUUGACGAGUCGGGUACUACUACUGCUGUCACUGAUGAAAAGCACGAUGCAGUGACGUAA